CACGUAUUUACUCGCACCGCAAACUACACUAUCGACAUAUCGCGCGCUUGUUCGACACUAUCGAUAUUGCAGGACUCUCGAAUCGCAGUUGGGAGCGAGAAUCGAAGCGUCUCCUCAGUGCUGGCCGACUUCGCGAAUAACUGUCUAAAUGUUCUGGAAACGCUCGGAAAGCUCGGGAGACGUCUAUGUUUCCAGUAUUGAACGUUAUGCACUUGUUUUUCUGGCAAUGGGUCGCAGGAAAAAGAACUCGAGAAGGAUCUCCAGUUUUAUUCAUAAAACGUGCGAGAGUGAACUGUUGGGAAAAUCGAAUUUCGACGAAAAAGAACUUGAAGAACAGAAAAAGGAAAAUCAUCCUGUGCUCGAGAGCGCGAUUGACGUUUACGCACGUUUGAAAUUGCCACUCGUGCAGUCGAUGCACUCUUCGAUGCAUCAUCGAUCGUCGGACGACAGUGACGAAGAGGACACGAUCGAGCUGAAUUUCUGGCCGCGUUUCGUUUUCGCGUCGAACCUGUGUCUCGUCUGCAUGGAGCGAUCGCGAGAGAUCUGCGAAUUUUGCGGUAUGGUCUCCUAUUGCAGCGUCGAGCACAAGAAGCAAGGUCGGUCGAAGCAUCGCGACUUGUGCGAGAUUCUGACCGAGAUCUGCGCCAUCGGAGGGAGCUUGUCGUUGUUGCCGGAACUUACCCCGGAUGAUUAUCGUAUUUAUCGGCUGAAACUGAUCGAAAUCGUGGAAUGCCGCUUGGGUAGAUCUCUUGAGCUCUGGGAGAAGGAGAUCAUUCUCUAUCCCCGCGUGUGUCGCAGCUGUCGUAACUUCUCCAAGGCACUGCGAAACUGUCCAGCGUGUCAAGUCGAGUUGUACUGCGAUAAUCACGAUAGCGGACACGAGAAGUGGUGUCGAGAGUUUCAGGUUUUCCGCAGAGUGUUGUUCAUGCAGCACGAAAACGGCCACGUAAACCCUGAGAUGCCAGAUACCUUUCGGGAAAAUCCGCUUCACCUCCCGGACGAUUUCGAUUCGUUAAUGGCGCGACUUUACGAUUAUUCGACCUAUUAUCGUGGCAUGGAUUGCUACACGUAUUGCAGCCUCUCGCACAUAUCGACCAUUCCGCUGACCGCUUUGUAUUCCAUGCAAAUUUCAUGUCAGAACUGGGAGAUCAUCGACACAUUCGUGAUCCACGUGAUAGGCGCGGAAUUUCAGUUCGAAGGCAUAAAUUUACACGUAUGGGAGAAAUUAUUCCUGCACUUAAUUCCGAAUUUAAAGCGUCUCCGAUUGAUGUUCGUCGGCCCGGAAUUGAGACUACCGACGGUUCCGUUGAAUCUAUUAACCGCUGUAAAAAUUUGUUCGGCCUGUAAAACGUCUGCUCGUCACGUGAAUGUCUCGUUUCAUCCGAGUAAAUUUUAUCACGAUUUUUGUCGUUCAAAACUGUUCAUAAAACCGGAUCUUGUGUGUCUCUUUAACCCGGGUCUUUAUCGGGAAACGGGUUUCGAAGGUAAAGACACGUGGCCGGAAACGAUAAGGGAAUUCUGUAAAACCAGAGUUCCUGUUUGCGUAACGUCUUACACGAAGCACGAAAUUCCUCGGGAAAUGAUGAGAAUAAAAUCGAUCAUUGAUAUCGAAACAAUUUUAGAGCCGCGAAGAAAUCCUUACGCUUCGAUUAAACCCGAUAGAAACUUUGUCAGCGACGAUACGGCGCCGCUAAUUUAUAAAAAUUAUUAUCUUGCUAUCGUGAGAGGAAAAUCGUAAAAACACUUUCAAAUAAUGAAUUUUCUGGAAUCUAUUUUGCAUUUAGUUUCACAUGAAUAUUUUCCUUGAAUAUUUAUUAAGAAAUGUAUUUGUACAACGUACAUUCCCAAGUAGGAAUUUACUACUGACAUCAAAGUGAUCCAGUAUUGAUUUAUGGUAAACGUUACUGGCAUAGUACUAGAUACCUGUACCUAUAUUCCCAGUACUGGGCCAAGUAUCGAUUCCUAGUAAUUUUUAUUAUUUGUACAAUUGUUAAUAUCACAACUAUAUAUUACGGAAAAAA